CCCUCUUCUCCACUGAGCAUAGAGAACAGGGCAGACGAGUGGAAACAGAAAGACUGCCAGCUAAAUCAGCCAAAUACCUAAGCAUGACUGCCUCACAUGAGAACGACUACUACUAUCAUGAAAACAUCAGCUUCAACUACAGCUAUGAAGACUACCCCGCCUUGUGCGAGAAGGGCGAUAUCCGGUCCUUCGCAGCCUUCUUCCUCCCCAUCGUGUACAGUCUGUGUCUGGUUGCAGGACUGUCGGGAAACGCUCUGGUCCUGGGCGUCUAUGCCUACCACAAACGCCUGAAGACCAUGACGGACUCUUUCCUGAGCCACUUGGCCGUGGCCGACUUGCUACUUCUCUUCACGCUGCCUUUCUGGGCCGCUGACGCCGCCAGGGGCUGGGAGUUGGGGGACGCCAUCUGUAAGAUUGUGUCGGCCUGCUACACGUUAAACUUCAACUGCUGCAUGUUGCUGUUGGCCUGCAUCAGCUUGGACCGCUACCUGGCGGUUCUCAGAGUGCAGGGUGAAGGUGGAAGAGGGAGGCUGCAGAGGAUUUUCAACAGGAGACAUUGCUGGAAGUGGUGCUUAGCUGCCUGGGGAACAGCCUCCCUACUUGGUAUACCUGACUUAAUCUUCUCAGAAGUGAUCUGGACCUCGAAUAGGAAUGUCUGUGUGGCCAUCUACCCUUCAUCUAUGGCUCGAAGUGGUAAAGCGCUGCUGGAGGUGGCCGAGGUGCUAUUGGGAUUUGUGCUUCCUCUCCUAGUCAUGGUGAUCUGUUACUGGUCCGUGUGCCGAGCAUUAAAAAGCCUACCCAUUGAGAGCAGGGACAAGAAGUGGAGAGCUCUGCGGGUUCUCCUAAUAGUAGUGGGGGUGUUUGUUGUCACUCAGCUGCCAUACAAUGUGCUAAAACUGCACCGUGCCGUGGAUUCGGUGUACAUUUUCGUGACUCACUGUGGGACGAGCAAGAUGUUGGAUCAGGCGGCCCAGGUGACGGAAAGCCUGGCCCUCACUCACUGCUGCAUCAACCCGAUCCUUUACGCCUUCAUGGGAUCCUCCUUCAGGCAGCACAUGGUGAAAGUUGCUAAGAGGUUUGGCGAGAAGAGAAGGAAGAGGAGCAGGAGGACACAAGAAACUCCAGCAGAUGGCGAAGUGAUGGAAAUAUCGUUUAACUCUCAUAGUGUCACCCAGGAGACAAACUCAUUCUCAGUUUGAGUUAAUCCCUUGGUUCACACACUGUGGUACAAUCACCACUGGUGGUACUUGGGUAAUCUUAAAUAUUACUUAAAAGUUAUUGUGUUGUCAACUAUCAUAGUAUAUAUAGCCUAAAAUGCUAAUCAACUGAGUACCACGCCAAUAUGGGUGCAGUCAAUAGCAAAACGACAGUGAGAGACCGACAUGUUUCUUUUCAAUCAGCUGCCAAGCAGAAACAUGUGUGCACCUCUGUGUUUGACCACAUUGAAGCAGGUGCUAUUAGUAACGGUUCCACGUAACCAUUGCUAAUGGAAAAGCCAAAAAAGCAAGUCGACCCUUGAACUGCUCUGAGUUGCUACUAAUGGAAAAAGUGGUAUAAAAACCACAGCCAAAAGAGAAAUGCAAAAGGAAAAUAUCUGAGUACUUGAAGAUUAAACCAAAGUGGACAAGAGCGUACAAAGAACAAAGUGGCUUCUUGCUUACCUCUGAAGUUAGAAUGUGAAUCUGAAAAGACAUCAAACCCAAUCUAACAAUGUACCUGUAAGAAGAUAAGAUCAGAAGGAUGUGAUAAAGCUGUCUUCUCUUUGUACUUGGAAAUCAGAUCAUGUUCAGGCUAAGAAAAGCAACAACAACAAAAAAACAACUUUUAGACGGGUGGUGACAGCAUUUGCAGCUCUGGAGUCUGACUGCCAGGACAAAUAAUUGCUGUUCUCAUGACACACUAACUGCUAAAAUCAGUAUAAGUUAAUAACAGUGUAUAACUACAUAUUAUGCAUUCAGUCACUAAAGGUACAUGUUUACUGAUAGAAGUAGUACACUACUCCCUGUGGGAAAGAAUGAAUGAAACACAAACUGCCAGAAAGGAACAUAAAAUGUUUAUUGCCAUGGCUAUAACAAUAUUUGAAAUACACAGCAGUCAUAUUGGACUUUUGGGUUGGUUGUGGUCAAAAACCUCUGAAUUUCUCACUUGAAAUCCUAACUUAAAAGGACCUUCCUGAUGUAUAUUUUUAGUUACAAUAUCAUUGAGAAUGUCUUAUCCACUCUCUUUUGCUUAAGUUUUUUUUUAUAUAUAUAUAUAUA